ACGCUCAGUUUCGUCCCGUUAUCCGAACUGUUGGUUAUCCGACUAUGUCGAAACGGAAGCGCGUUGUGCUCACCUUCCAACAAAAACUCGAAAUUCUUCAACAGUUGAACGAGGGAAGAAGGGGCGCUAAUUUGGCCAGAGAGUACGGAAUUGGGACUUCCACCAUCUCAGACAUCAAACGAAACGCCGACGCCAUCCUGAAAUUCGUCUCGAAUUUAGACAGUCAGAACCAAAUUUCCGAGAAGAAGACGAGGAAAACGGCACAAAACACCGACCUCGAUUCGCUAAUCUAUCGAUGGUACCUAGAGGAAAAGAAGAAUGGAGGGGUGCCAAUAGACGCUGCCAUUUGUGCCAAAGCUCUCGAAAUCAACAAUCAACUAAGAAACAGGAGCAUGAAUUUCAAAGCUAGUAGUGGAUGGUUGAGACAUUUCAAAAAUCGACAUGGAAUCAAAGAGACCAAAGAAGCAAGUGAAGAACCGCUGAAUGUGGCCAAACAACUUAGGAAUUUUUUCAAGAGAGGGGGAUUCACCCAGGAGAACAUUUACAACGUGACAGAUAGUGUCCUAUUGUGGAAAAGUUUACCAAACUGUGAUAACAAAAAUACAACUGCUGUUAAAAUUAUUACUUGUACUAAUGCGAACUCUGCUCAUAAGUUACCUCUUUGUGUCAUAGGACCUGAAAAGAAGUGUGAAACUAGUGAUACAAUUUACUACAAAUAUCAAACUCCUGAAAUUGAUUCAACACUGUUUGAAGAAUGGUUUGAAGAUAUUUUUGUGCCUCUUGUAACACAGAGACAACAAAAUACAGGCACUGUUGGUAAAAUCCUUCUAGUAAUGAACGAUUCAUCCUGGCAUCCACCUCGGGAAACACUAAUCAAAGACCGGAAUAAUUUUGAAGUGUUUAUAGUACCUGAAGACUCAUUAAUCCAGCCAAUGGAUUUAGUAAUAAAUGAACUGAAAAUUAAAUAUAGGAGAAACCUUCUUGAAUUGUUACUUUCAAAGUCACCGUGUCCUGUUAAACAAUUCUUGGAAGAAUUCGCUCUAACGGAAAGUAUUUCAGUAAUCAGUAAAGCGUGGGAUUCCAUUCCCAGAACCGACAUAGUACAAUCCUGGACAAGGUUAAUAUCAGACGUAAGGAAUGAAAGCGAGCUGAACCAUGACGGAAUAGUGGAAAUAGUUGCAAUAGCUCAAAAGAUUACCGGAUUAGAAGAAACAAACUCAAUGGAGAUAAUCCAAUGGCUCGAAAGCGAUAAAGACUUUUGUUACAACUCAAUCGAAUAUGAAGAAUUUAAUUUUGACGACAGACAAGACGAAAUAACCGAAGAACCCUCGAACGUGGAAGCCUACCAAAGUCUUGAAACUGCAAUUCGUUGGUUCCGGAACCAAAAUGAAUGCAACAGUGCCCAAUUGGCGACUCUGGAAAGCAUACGCGACCUCGCCGCGGCGAAAGUAUGCGUAAAAGAAGAGUUUUAGCUCAUUUUUAUGAUAUAUUAUAUUGGUUACGAAUAAACCUCG